AUGUUUUCCAAACUCUCUGCCAUUCUUUUCAAGAACAAUAAUAACAACUCGAUUCAUGAUCAGGAUCACUCCUCCACUUCGGGAGACGAUACAGCCUUCAUGAUCUCUUCUCCCAUGCUGUUGACAAGUCAUGGAAAUACAUCAUCGACGUCGUCUUCAUCGAAUACCACUCCUCUCUAUACCAUUCUCAAUCCUCAGGACCAUGAGAACGUUUUAACCACCACUUCAAAUGUCAAUCAUCAUAAUCAUCAUCAUCAGGAGGAUCAUUCCAUGAUGAAUACUUCCUUGACAACUACUAGUACUUCGACGACAACCUCUUCCAAUUCUUCUCCAUUCAUUCAUUCGACAGUGAGCGGUUCUGGUGGUUCUUCAUCGACCACUCCUUCUUCACCCUAUAUCUAUGAAUCAUCAAAGAAUCGCAGUAAUGGACAAGCAACACAAUUUUUGGAUGGAGAGAAUUCACAACAACAGCAACAACAUUUUACUACUCAGAGUCCACCUCAACAACAACAACACUUGUUGCCCUCCAAUGUAUCCAAUUCUUCGUCAUUGUCUCCUUCACGUUCGAGAGAGACCAUGGAUUCUUCAACUCCUCGUGGUUACGGUCAACCUUUCAUGUCAAAUAUAUUUGGAAAAAUUCCACACGAGUUGUUGAAAGACAUUUUCUCCUUUCUUGAUUAUAAUGACAGAUUUAGAGUUGUGAGAGUGGUGUCACAUCAAUGGAAUAGUUUUAUUUUCGAGAGUGAGACUUGUUUGUUUUUACAUUUUUCGAAAAACAUGUUACGUUUCAUGACUCCACAAAAUGUGUUGGAUUUUGUUCGAAAUUUCCAAAAGUUGAGUUGCAUUACAAUUUAUGGUGAAUGUCACUCUGAAUUGAGAAGAAAAUGUAUUCGAGAAAUUCAAGCAACAUCUCCAAGUGUGAGAGGAUUGAGAAUUAUUGAUACGAAUGAAUCAGAAUUGAAUAGUGUGAGAGAUUUGACAUUUGCAGGAUUACAAAAACUCUAUAUUGAAACACCAAUUGUGACGAGUAACAUUUUGACCAUCAUUCAUGAUCUUGCUCCAAACAUUACUUCUCUCUCUCUUAAAUAUACUGUACAGGAAAAAGCAGAUUCUCUUUGCAAACUUUAUAACAACUUUAACAAACUCAAGGAAUUGAAAUUGGCUGUCACACAACCCUCCAAUCAUAUUUAUGAUGGCUUAAAUCUAUCUCAAUUGGAUACUCUUGAAAUUCACAAUUUUAUGGGCUUCAUUGGAUGCAAACGAUUUGCCAACUUGAAAACUCUCAACGUUUCUGGCUCUGUGAAUGAUAUUCCAACCAUUGUACAUCUCUUUCCAAAUACUACUUCACUUGAUAUCAGCACUCUGUACGGAUCCAAUUCAGAUCCUUUCGAAACCAAGUUGUAUGAAAAUUUACCAAAACUUCAACAUUUGAGUCAAUUGACCAUGACCGAUUGCACCACAAGUUUAUCCAUGCUUGAUGUGUGGAGCUGUGCAUGGUCAACACUCAAAGAACUCGACAUUUCAAGAACCACUGUGAAUGACUCACAUUUAGAAAGACUUGCAAAAUUGCAAAAUCUUGAAGUGUUGAAAAUGAGAGGUCUCUCCAUCACUGGACAGUCGAGUCGAUUUAAUUUUGGUGAUGUUCUUGUUUCAUUACAGAAUACUCUCACUGUUUUGGAUGUCAGUGAAUGUCGAUUAUUGGAAAAUAUGGUACCAACUACCGCUCCAAAUCCUCCAGCUUGUUUCAAAAGAUUGAAAGCCUUUGAAGCCAACGGUGCCAAUGUUCUCAGUGAAAAGAGUGUUUCUUUCAUCUUGUCUUCAUCACCAAAAUUAGAAUCCUUGUCACUCAUGGCAUGUAACGAAGUGAAAGAUGAGACCAUUGCAAGACUAUGCACCAAGAAAAUUGUAUAUAUGGAUUUAAGAUAUUGUCGACAACUUGGCGAUCCAGGUUUUUUAAAGCUUGUCUAUGAUCAGAAAUUACGUCAAUUGCAACAUUUCAAAUUAGCGCUUUCCUUCGAUGUCACACAAUUGUCCAUCGAAGCAGUUUUAAAUCAAGCGAAAAUGCUCAAAACUCUUGAAUUGAAUAGUUGCAAAAAGUGUAAUGCUGAUCAUCUCAUUUCAAAACAAUUUUUCGAACCAACCUCUCUUCCAUGCUUGACUCAUGUUGACUUUUCAGGAACGAUCAUUAGUGACGUUGGUCUAUUGAGUAUUUUAACAAGCAGUGAAAGAGUGAAAACACCUCUUUCUAAUUUAGUUUCACUCAAAUGUGCCGAUUGUUAUAAUCUAUCACAUGAUUUUUUGGAUGUAUUGGACAAGUAUUUGGUUAAAAUUGACAAACCUCAGGCAGUCAUUCCUAUCAUGGUUGCUGAUAAGAAGGUUGUUUACUUUAGAUGUCCUUAUUUGAAUAUUGAUGAAGUGAGAAGUUCACUUCCACGACCGCAAAUUGGUCAGAAAUUUCACAGCAUCAACAACAACAGCAGCAAUGGUACGAAUGCCUCGAGUAGCAAUAGCAGCAACAUGAAUGGAUCUUCACUGACUCCUUUCGGUGGCUCUGGAUCAUCUUUGAAAAAGUAUCAAUAA